UACAGCCACGCCCCGUUGAUGCCACGCCCCAUCACAGUCCCGCCCCUCUGAGGCCACGCCCGAAACGAAAACCACGCCCCUUAUAAAAGACCUCGCCCCUCCCGGCACAACCGGCGGCUUCCGCUUCCGGCGGCGGCGCCGCCGAGGCAGGAGGGAAAAGUCUUCUGGAAACCAGGCAGCACCAGGGUCUGCCUGCCGGAGUUCUGAGCAGGGGAAGCCGCCACUGCCAUGCGGGGGGUGUUGGAUGGUCUGUGCGCAGAGCAGAGCACGAUGCCUUUCCUGCACGGCUUCCGCAGGAUCAUCUUCGAGUAUCAGCCUCUGGUAGAUGAGAUCUUGGGGCUGCUGGUGAUACAGGAUGCGGACCAGCAGAGCGACCUUGAGAGCCCUGCCUGUCUGGGCAGUGACAGGAGCCAGCUCUCAGCUGUGAGAGGAGUCUUGGAGAGGGAGAUCCAGUCCCCAUUUUACCGGGAGGGUGUGAGCUAUGCCCUGCUGAAGGUCACUGAGCUGGGGCUCGUUCCUGCCGCUGAAGUCCUCCUGGAGUUCGGAGCUGACCUCAGCUUUGAAGACCCAGUCACCUACUACACCCCCCUGCACAUCGCAGUGCUCCGCAACCAGCCAGAUAUGGUGGAGCUCCUGGUGCACCAUGGGGCUGACAUCAACCGGAGAGACCGGAUCCAUGAGAGCAGUCCCCUUGAUCUGGCCAGCGAGGAGCCCGAGCGGCUGCCGUGCCUCCAGCGGCUGCUCCAGCUGGGGGCUGAUGUCAACGCAGCUGACAAAAACGGAAAGACAGCACUGUUGCAUGCCCUGGCCAGCAGUGACGGUGUCCAGAUCCACAACACUGAGAGCGUCCGUCUCCUGUUGGAAGGAGGUGCAGACGUCAGGGCCACCACCAAAGACGGUGACACAGUCUUCACUUAUAUCAUCUUCCUGCUGGGUGAGAUGGUGUGCAGCAACACGGAGGAGGCACAGGUGAUCAAUCGCUUCUGCUUCCGUGUCACACAGCUGCUGCUGGCCCACGGUGCCAACCCCAGCGAGUGCCCGGCCCCCGAGUCCCUCACCCACCUCUGCUUCAAAAGCUUCAAACACCACUUCCCGCUGCUGCGUUUCUUGCUGGAGUCAGGUGCCGCCUACAACUGUUCCCUCCAUGGUCCCUCAUGCUGGUCAGGCUUCCACAUUGUCUUCGAGUGCCUCUGCUCACACCUCAGUGUCUCUGAAGAUGACAGCUUCUCUACAGAUCUCAUCCAGAAGGGUCAGACUCUGCUGGAGCUCAUGAUGGCCAGUUCACAAGCCAUCCAGCUGCCCAGCAACUUUGAGGUCAACACCAGCAGCUGUAGGUACCAUGGAGAGAAGAUCAGGAAUCUCUUCUCCUCUCUGAAGCAGCUGGAGCGCUCCCCACAGGCACUGAAACAUCUCUGCAGGGUGUUUAUCCGGCAGCGCCUUAAACCAUGGCCAGUAGACGUCAAAAUCAAGGCUCUACCUCUUCCAGACAGGCUUAAGUGGUACCUCCUCAUUGACCAUGCUGCUGCAGGGCACGAGGACCUCUGAGCCUGACUCAUGCCUCUGUUUCCCCGCCCCACAGUCGUGGUGUGUCUACAGCCACCAAAUCUCUGCUCUGGGCCAGUUUUCUCUGCAAGAAGUGCGCUGUCCACAUGCUGUCCAUGUGCCCACAGCUUGGCCAGUGCUGCCCACAUGUCCUGCUGCUGCGUUUUGGGGGGGGUGUACUUUUUGGGGUGUGACACUGCAUGCGUGUCCAUGGAGGCCUCGUUGCUCUGGGGCAUGUUGUGGGGAGGCGGGCAGAGCCCCUGGGCAUUGGGGAGCUGGAUACUGAGACAGAGGACUGGUUUGUGUGGAUUUUAAGAACAGGCCUGGCAGGCAGAGCCGGUGGGGUGGUUGGGGACAGUGUGACUGGACAGGCAGUGUGUCCCCUUUCUCUCCAGGCUGGUGGGCGCAGGGGUGCGUUAGGCGAGUGGCAGGGUUGUGAGAUGCCUCGGGGUGCUGGGAGAAGAGCUGUUCCCUGCGCCAGCAGAGCGCUGGCAUCGUGUCCUGGUGUCCUGCCUCUGGUCCCGCUGAUGGGAGCAGUGGUGGGGGGGCAGGUCCAGCAUCUUCAUGCAGAUUUGGUUGCGGAUGUGAUUUCCUUCCUCACUUCUGAAACCAGGUGCGUGACGAGGGGCAGCGGGGCUGGCACCGGUGGCUGGCUGCUCGGCACCAUCUGGGUACACCCUGUCCUCCAGGCACAGAGGAGCAUCCACCAAGGACAUCUUAGAGGUGCUGAGCUCCAAAACAGACAAAUGGAUGUUUCCUGACUUUUUGGUGUGUUUGCUGCCCACAGAUGAGGAAUGGGUGGCUGACCCCGAGUGCCUUGUGCCUCCCUCCCCACUCCUUGGCUCUUUCCCUUGGUGGCCGCUCCCAGGACCUUGGUCUCCAGCGCCUCCUUCUCAGGAACAAGAAAUUACAGCAGGACUUGGGGGUUUCUUUCCAAGCUGCUACUGGAAGCUCCAAACUGGGGCUGCAUGUGGAGGUCCUGUGACCCAGCUGUGCCACAGCUGCCUGGCUCCCCCUUCUAGGCGUCUGCUUCCUCGUGACAUGCCAAAGACUGGCCACAGAGCUGAGCACCCCCAACAUGUUUGUUGUUUGGUUUUUGUUUGUCAUGGGGAACAGAUGCAGAAGAGGAUGAAAAAAGGGGAAAAAAAUCUAUUCUGAGCAGGUGCAGUUUAUAGAAGGUGGAUCUGGGGUCCAUGGGCAGUUUAGCUGCACAAGGGUUGUCUCUCCCCAUUGCCCUCCUGUGUUUUACCUUCUUCCACCCUGUGAAACUGGAGCUGGUGCACCUUGAUGAACUGAUGUUUAAAAAAAAAUUAUAUUGUGAUCAAAUACUCCCCUGGCAUCUGGAAUGGGAAAUGAGCAAUUAAAUGAGGCUUUUUGUAAUAAUGA